AUGAAGGAAAGCCGUCUGCCAACAGUUCCGCAAUCUGCAACUAAGGAGGAAGGAGGAAAACAGAUUCGCGCUGAAAAGAAGACAGACAAGUCAGAGAAAAAAUCAGUGAAAAAGGAGAAACAGCCCAAGGGGAAACCUAAUGACAAAGGGGAAGAACAAACCAGACCAAUCGAAGACGUGACUCGACUCGAAAUCCGUGUGGGUAUGAUUGUGAAGGCAUGGUCUCAUCCAGAGGCUGAUAAACUCUAUUGCGAAGAAAUUGACAUCGGUGAAGAAUCUCCUCGACAAAUUGCAUCUGGAUUGAGAGAACACGUUUCUCAUGAAGAGUUUGAAGGGCAAAAGGUGUUGGUAUUGUGCAAUACGAAGGAGAAGAAGCUCAGAGGAUUUCCCUCUCAUGGAAUGGUUUUAUGUGGAAAGAAGGACUUAGGGGACGGUAAAGAACGCGUCGAACUCGUCAAACCGCCGAAAGAUUCAAAUGUGAGUGAAGAGUUUCGAAAAAUCACUGAAAAUAUAAUUUUAUCAGAUUGGCGAACUUAUUCGAUUCGAAGGUCUUGCUGGAAAUCCUGA